AUGUCUCUUUUCGGCAAGAAGACGUGGCGUGUGCAGGACAUCAUACGCAGGGAUGGCACGCAGGAUGUGGUGAGUAUCCUGAAGAUCACGCACCCAUUCCGCAAGCAGAGGGUGACGGUCGUGCCGGCGCCUCCCUUCGCGCAGGAGUCGUACUACAACGACUGGGUGUACCAGCCGUACGCGAAGGAGCACCGCAUGUACAUCAGCAACGACAUCUUCAACCCCACUUACGUCUACCUCGCACGCAUUCUCCUUCGCCGGGGUGUGUUUCCCGGCUACGCGUAUUUUCACCCGAUGGGGUUACCCGACUGCAUUGACCUGAACCUCACACGACGUGACUUUAUCGCACGCGAGCAGCCGCUGAAAACACCGAUGACGCUUCUAUUACUAACGCCUAACGUGUUCCGGCGUCGGCGUCACCCAUGGAUCGCCCGCCGAGUGCUCAAGGUUGUGGGAGAGCAGUACGUCACGCACCCACGGGAGGAGCACCAGUCUAUGGUGUUUAUUCUUCCACCAGAGUACAUCCCAGAGGCCGUUAAUAUGCUGCAGAGCNACGCACCCACGGGAGGAGCACCAGUCUAUGGUGUUUAUUCUUCCACCAGAGUACAUCCCAGAGGCCGUUAA